AUGGCGCCUCUGGGUGCUCUUGCCGUCAGCCUUGUCUCCCCGGUUGGGUGUCCGCCCAAGUGCGUCGGUGACACCGUUUUGGGGACCAAGACUCCGUCGGCUCCGUUCAGGGUGACAAGCUCCGCUCCCGUCGCACUUCGCCCUCCGACGCGUCUCCCCUUGAAGCGCCACUCGCGCCCCCCCGUCACGUCAUGUUCCGCCGGAGGAGCUGCGCGCGGGGCCACGGCAGGGGCGAGCCGGAGCGCCGGGAGCAGCGCGAGCAGCGCGAGCAGCGCGGGUGACACGCACCGCAGCCGCAGCGACAGCAGCAAUGGCGGCGGCAGCGGGUCGUCGUCGUCGUCGUCGGUGCCGUCGCCCUUCGCGUUCGUGGGGCUGGACUACUAUCAGAUUCUCGGCGUGCCCGUCGGCGCGCCCCCCGCCGACAUCCGCCGCGCGUACCGCGCGCUGCAGAAGAAGUACCACCCCGACAUCGCGGGCGCUCAGACGCACGAGAUGGCGCUGAAGCUGAACGAGGCGUACGACACGCUCAUGGACGACACACGCCGCGCGUCGUACGAGAAGGAGUGGCGCGACGCGGCCGUGGCGGGGUACGUGGGGUUCACGGGGCAGCCGCGCAGCGCGUGGGCGGCGCCAGAGGGGCAGCAGCAAGCGAUCUUCGUCGACGAGGCUGCGUGCAUCGGCUGUCGCGAGUGUGUGUUCGCCGCCAGUCGCACGUUCCACUUCGACGCGGAGGCGGCCGUGGCGCGCGUGCACACGCAGUGGAGCGACGCGCUGCCCGCCGUCCAAUCAGCCAUCGACAGCUGCCCCGUCAGCUGCAUCCACACGGUGACACGUGGCGACCUCCCCAUCCUCGAGUUCCUCGUGCAGCCGCGGGAGAGGGAGAGCAAAGGCAUCUUUGGGGGCGGCUGGGAGCCCGGGCACCCAAUCAAUAUUUUCACCGCUGCCCGCGAGUUCAAGCGCAAGCUAGAGAGCCAGCGGGAGGGGGCAGAGCGCAGGCGGGCAGCCACGUCGGCAGCAGAACAGGAGACGCCAGCUCAGCGUGCCGCCCGUCAGGAGGCGGACGCGAGGAUGAACGGAUUGGGUGGCGGGUUUUGGCAGAAGUGGGCGCAUGCAUGGGGGGCGUGGGGGGGACCAGGGGGGGUGGCAGGCGCGGAUGCGGGGGAGGGCAGCUCUCAGUGGGCCAGGGCGAAUGCUGCAAGCAGCACUGCCGGCAGCAGCGAGGGUAACAGUGAGGGUAGCCGUGAAGGUGGGAGGCAGGCAGGUGGGGGGAGGGGGGAGGAAGGAGGAAAGGGAGGAGGAGGUGGAGGGGGAAAAGGAGGAGGAAAGGAAGGGAAGAAAGGGGGUUGGUUCCCGUGGCAUGCAAUGCUGGGCACCGCGGCAUCCUCGGAGAUUCUCAGGCAGCCGGCCGGGGAGGGCGUCAAGGAGGAGCUCAUAGCAUUUAUCCAGCAGUGGGCCACGCUCUGGUCUUUUUCCUCCGAGCUGCCCCUUCCUCUGCCCGUCCGUGUGGACAACCAAUCGGACGGCACCGAGCUGACGCUGAUCACCAUGCGCGGCGAUCUCCUCACAUCUGUCGGAUCGUUCGUCAUCACUGUGGAGCCGUUGGAUGCUGAUGCUCGUGGUGAAACAAGUGACGGUGGUGAUAGUGGUGAUGUUGGGGAAGAGGGGGAGUGGGUGGUGGUGGUGAGGAGAAAGGGAGCAGUAGACAACAAAGCUCUUCCAGGAGAGGGUACUAUAGUGAAAGCACUGAGAGGGGCAUUGGCAAGGCAUGACAGCAUGAAGGGGUAUGAAGCGUACCAUCUCCCCAGGAGCAGCAAGCCCGUGCACUCGACCAGCCCCUCCGCUCAUCAUCGCUCAACCCCCGCCACUGCGGCGCUCCGUAGCUGUCGCACGACGGCCAAUUAUCCGCCGCCACGUGGCGCCAAGGCGUGGUGGUACCAGCCGUGGCUGGCGCAUUCCGCCGUCACCGGCGCGCGCAGGCUGCUCCCCGCAGCGGGGGGAGGGGGAGGCCCGGGGGGAGCAGGCGCGGGGGGAAGGCGCUACGUGGGGACGGUUCCGCCCGCAGCUGGCGGGAGGGGAGUGGGCGUGACGAGAUGCGAGGGGGGAGGCGGCAUGUACACUGUCGCCGCCACCUCUCUCGCCCCUCUUCGUCCCCAUCCUUCAUCCCCCCCCCCUUCUGACUUUGAUUCCACCACUCGGUCCACCUACCUUUCCGCUCUCCUCCCACCUUCUUCCCCGGAUGUUGUUCUACAUCUCACCCCUCCUCCCCCCUCUCCUCCGCUUCCCCACCCCCCCUCACAGAGGCCGCGAGUGUGUGUACUGGGCGGCGGGUUCGGGGGCCUGUAUGCGGCGCUGCGGCUGGACUCGCUGCUGUGGAGCGACGAGCGCCGCCCACAGGUGCUGCUCGUGGACCAAUCUGAGCGCUUCGUGUUCAAACCGCUACUCUACGAGCUGCUCUCGCAAGACGUCACGGUGUGGGAGAUAGCACCCAAGUUCUCGGACCUCCUCAGAAGCACACAAGUGGCGUUCCUGCAGGAUGGCGUGCAGGCAGUGCACGUGAUUAAGGGUGGGGCUGCUGAUGUGGCAGGAGAUAAAGGUGGACGCGUGCGAUUGGCUUCUGGAGUGGAGGUGGAAUACGAUUGGCUGGUGUUGGCGUUGGGCGCUCAGACCAACAUGGCCUUCGCACCAGGCGCCAAGGGGCGAGCUCUGCCCUUCAGCACCCUGGACGACGCUCUGGCAGUGGAUCGCCGUUUGCUGCUGCUGGAGAAGCGAUGGGAGGCGGCCAAGGAGGCAGGCGACGACCCACCCCCGAUCCGAGUGGUGGUGGUGGGGGCGGGCUAUGCGGGGGUGGAGCUGGCAUGCACGGUGGGGGAGCGCCUGGGCAGCAAGGGCAGCAUUGAGAUUGUUGACCCGGCUGCUGCUGUGUGCCCCGCUGCUGCUCCGGGCAACAGACGCGCUGCAGAGAGGGCGCUCAAGGAAAGGGGUGUGCAUCUGCGCCUGGGCACCAAGGUCACACGCAUGGCUGAUGCCACUCACUCCUCCUCCCCCUCAUCCUCCUCCUCCUCCUCAUCAUCAUCCUCAUCCUCAUCAUCCUCAUCCCCCCCUUCGGACUCAGACCCAUCGCCCUUCGCCGUGCCAGCCGCGCGCCUCUUCCUCCAGUCAGCAUCACCUGGCAGCGCUGGGAGUGACAGUGAGAGAGAGAGUGAGAUGGAGGCGGACGUUGUUCUCUGGACCGUCGGCAGCUCGCCUGUUCUCCCAGCCUCUGUUUCAGAAGAAGAUUUAUCAGAAACAUCAGGAGGAGCAGCAGGAGCGGGAGGAGUGCGAGGAGCGGGAGGGGAGGGGGCGGUGCAGUGGUUGAGGAGGACAGCAAGGGGGCAGGCGGAUGUGGAGGAGAGUCUGCGAGUGAGGGGGCUCACCAGGGUGUUUGCGCUGGGGGAUGCCGCAUGCGUGCCGGACGGCAACGGGCGCCCACUGCCGGCCACCGCUCAGGUGGCAUUCCAGCAGGCGGACUAUGUGGGGUGGAACAUCUGGGCUGCCAUCAACAAUCGCCCCCUGCUUCCCUUCAGGUACCAGCAUUUGGGCGAGUUGGUUCUGCUGGGGUCCAAGGAUGCAGCAGCAUCCGUGGGCUUCAUUGAUGACUUUCUCAUUGAGGGCCGAGCGGCGCACACAGCUCGCAAGCUAGCAUACCUGUACCGGUUGCCAACCAAUGAGCACAGGGCACGUGUUGGGGUGAGCUGGUUGACACGUGCCAUUGUGGACGGCAUCUCGGAGGCGCAGAACCUUCUGGCAGCUGCCACCAAGGGUCAAGGGGACAAGAAAUGA